AUGCACAAGUUAUUGGAAUACGUGACGAAGGAGAAGGAUAUAUCUGAAUGCAACUACCAAUGGGUCAAGGAGCAGCUUGAGAAAGCCCACGUCGGAAAGAAGUUCAUCUUCUGUAAAGACAUGGCCUACGCCAUGUCAGAUCAGAUGGAGUUCCUCCCGAAGGGCUACCGGCACGUGUUCCUGAUCUGUCAUCCUCUCAAGGUCUUCUCGUCUUGGAAGAGGCUGUUCCAGGGAAUGGCAAAGGUGUCUCCAGGUGAAUUCAGCCUUACAGACUUUCCAACAAAGAUUUUCCUGAAAGGUUAUGGCUUCCGAGAGAUACACGAGUUGUUCGAGUACGUGACGAAGGAGCUUGGUCAAGAGGUGAUCAUCAUCGACGCGGAUGACCUUCUCCAAGAUCCCAAGGGUAUCCUGUCAGCACUCUUCGAUCUCAUCGGGCUACCCUUCGAGGAGAAGAUACUGAAUUUGGAAGCAGGGAGUGCAGUCACUGAGCUCUGGACCAUCCCACGGCUGUUAUUACAAAAAGCGAGUACGCAAACUCAAGAUGUAUGA